AUGAUCUGCAAUCGUUCCGACCGGCUGUACGACUUAUGGUUUCGCUCGGUUAAUGAUUCCAUGGUGCUCGAAGAAACUUCAAUCGAUAUCCAAAUAGGAGACCGUCGUAAAUUCUGUAUUAUGGGAUCUUGUGAUGGCUUGAUAUGCCUAAAAGAAGAAUUCAGUGGUAAGAUGUUGCUAUGGAAUCCAAGUACAAGAGAGUCCAGAAUGUUACCAAGUACUUCUGAAAUAGGAGUAGUCCAUGUAUCAGGAACAUGUCAUGAAUGGAGGUACGGAUUUGGUUAUGACUGCAACAGUGAUGAUUACAAGGUGCUGACGCUCAUGACCGAAGAAUUUGCGUGUUUUAACUCUAGUUACAAGUCGAUAAUGUACACACUGAGAACGAAUUCUUGGAGAUGGAUUAAGGACUCCCCUAGGCCUGUUGGUACUUACAUUGCCGAAAAAACUUCUGUUUUUAUGAAUGGAGCUCUACAUUGGAAGGCAAUUGUUCAAAGACCAUGUAUUGCUCAGAAAAAUGGCCGCAGUGUAGUAGUUGUUUCUUUUGAAUUAACAAGUGAGACAUACACGGAAGUGCCACUGCCUCAGGAUGUUGGAGUUUCUUCCAUCCUUCAUGAAGUGGGGGCUUCAAAAGGGUGCUUAUGCUUCCUUUCUCAGGACAUAUAUGAUGGAACCGAUGAAAUCUGGGUGAUGAAGGAAUAUGGGGUGCCAGAAUCUUGGACCAAAACGGUCAAAAUCCCAUUUGUGUUUGGCGGUAUACAUUGCAUCAGGUUAAUGCCGAUGACAUGGUUUGUGGAAAAUGGGGAAAUUUUAUUGAAUGUACGUGGGAAACCAGCUUCCUACAAUCCAAACAAAGAUUCAAUAAGGUACUUUGCAACUGAUGAUGAAGUCAGAGUUGUAUAUCCCGAAUGUGUCAGCUGUGAAGAAAGCCUAGUCUCACCAAAUGUUUACAGUAACAUUGUUGUCAAUGAAACCUGUCGUCUCAAUAUCAAAAUUGGACACGCAGUGACAAAAGAAGAGAAGGAUCUCGAAUAUGAAGAACGGAAGAAGCAGUCAAGCAGAGCAGGAAUGGAAAUAAAAGCGAAGAAGGAUAGAAGCUUGAUCUCUUUUCUGAAUCGUUUCACUAGCUGCUUAUCAAUUAGGAGACAAAUCUAG